UUGAAGGUUUUUCCGGACUCACUUGAUGUUGCAAAGGCCUGUCAUGGAGACCAACCAGGUCAGACAUCCUGCACAUUCAGACAGUUGCAGUACAACAAGAAGUUCUGGAGUCUUCCUGCUGUUCUCAGGAGUUUUCCUCGGCCUUGCGGGUGCCACUUUAACCACCAUGGGCUGGUAUCACUACCAGAAAAACUCCAACUUUGGGUGGACCCAGUUUCUAGGACCCAUCCUGAUCUCCAUCGGAGGCACCUUCAUGCUAAUCAGCUUCUACAGGUUUGGGGUGGUCUACUGCUGGCCCUGCCGACAGCUGGGUGAAGGAGCGCCUGCCAUGGAUCAAACAUCAAUAGGACCUUCGAUCAUUUUAAGUGGCAUAAAUCCACCAAUCAUGUUACACAAUGCCACAGCAAUAUUUCAUCUUCCACCUCAGUAUGACUUUAUAACCCGGGAAGUACACCAGGCCGCUGGGUUCCAGUCUGGCCGGUGUGUGAGUGGCGUCCAUGCAGCCCCCUCCCCACACAGCGCCGGGUACUGUAUGGAUAACGCAGCGUUCACAGCAGAAGAAGAAGAAACAGAGCACAGGAGAAGCAGGAUUGAGAAGACAGAGGACGAAAGUCCACCUCGAUAUGAAGACAUCUACCCUUCCUUUUUUUAAAACAACCUGACUUCUCCUAACUUGUUAGAAAUGUCUUUCUUAGCUAAAAACCUUUAUUUCUAACAUGUUAAUUUUAAAGGAAAACUCCAACCUCCCAUGUAUUUACCACAGCAUGUGCAAGAGUAACUUAGGUUUUACUUCCCUCACACAGCUGUUAUCAUGUACAGUUACCAUCAUAAUUAUGUAUGAAGUCAUACAAAAUGAGGCUCCCUGGAAGAAAACCUCAUUAAAAUUGAGAUUUAUGGACAAGCAGCUUCAUGUGAGGGCUCUAAGGUUCUGGAAACGUAUAUAUAUUUGGCAAAAAACAUCACAUUUUUUAUCCAGUGCUUGUUGUCUCUCAAUAGCUGCUGACAACACUGUACAACCAUUUCAUAUGGCAGAGAAAAUAAAGAAAGCAAUUGUUGCCUGAAACCAGGACAAUUUACUAGAUACCUAAAAAGAUUAACCAUUUUUAUACCGGGAGAAAAUUAACAUUAAAAGAGAAAAAAGUAAUCAUGGUCAUUAACAAUUUAUUUAUAACUGUUUUGCAGCAUCUUUCAUGCUUGUUUGUAAAUUUAAAAACAUCACAAAAGUUAAAAAAAGGACCAGCUUAAUAUGAAAACAUCUAACAAUGUCUUGAUGGCAUAGGCUCUCUUACCAGUACUACAAAUACUACUACUGCAAAUACUACUA